GUAUACAUACAGAAGAUCAUGUUGCGGACUUUUUCGUACGUGGUGUGGGUUUACGGGCUGCUGGUGCAUUCGGUGCUGCCUUCGACAAGUACGAGGGUUGCCAGAGUUGGAGUCGACAGCAGGGACGACGACGACGAUGCCUCGCCCGUCAUCAUCUACGGCGGACUGGUGAGUGACAGGACCACGGUGCCAUGGAUGGCGUACUUGACCACUCCGGAGGACAACGCCAAGUGCGGAGGGUCACUUAUAUCGACCUGGGUCAUACUCACGGCUGCCCAGUGCGUCACCUAUGAUUCUGGAGGAUCGCCAGUGAAAAGCAGCGCUGUCACGUAUCAACUGGGUGGAAUCACAACUUCAUCCUUGGACGAAAUAGACAAUGGUGAAUUCAGUGCAACGCAGAUGGAC